CCCUCCACAGCCAAUCAAACGACUUGAAUCCACGCUCGCCCCUCGCCGCACGCUGCUCCAGAAGUGCUAAAGCCCCCCAAGUGUAUUACCAUGCUGUCUGCUACGAGCCGCUUCGCUGCCCGCGCGCUGCACACGUCGUCACGCCUGUCGGCCGCCGCGGCCGACCAGGCCGCUGCCACGGCCACCAAGGUGACGCUGAACCUCACCACUCCCUACCAGGCCUUCUACAAGGGCGCCGAAGUGGACCUCGUGCAGAUCCCCGGCGUCAUCGGAGAGUACGGUGUGACUGCGGGCCACACGCCCGUCCUGUCGCAGCUGAAGCCCGGCGUCAUUAAGGUUCACGUGGAGCGCGAGAAGGACGUGCAUAGCUUCUUCACGGCCGGCGGUUUCGCUCUGACUCACGCUAACUCGGUCACGGACAUUGCUUGUGUGGAGCUCGUCAAGGUGGAGGACAUCGACCCGGAGGCGGCCCAGGCCGGCCUUACCAAGUACCAGGCGCAGCUGGCGUCGGCCCCCGAGGGCUCCGAGGAGAAGCUCAACGCCCAGAUCGGCGUGGACACCCACGCGGCUAUGGUGGCCGCUGUUACUAGCAGCAACUAGACGGCAUCGACGGUCGCAGCCUCUCGUCCAGGAUGUUGAGCCCUUGUUGAAGCAGCAAUUAAUUACCAGUCAAGUCCGCCGCCAUGUUGUUAGGCGCGUUCGCUUGAGUUUCUUUGCUACGUCUUGUUCCGUCUUCAACCUCGUCUUGUGUCUGUUGGAAAAAAAGGGAAUACUCUGCUUGGAAGAAGGAUGCGAGAGGAAGAACAGGUGAUAAAGCAGGUUUUAGACCUGGAAACAGGAUACGCAGCUGGGACUUUUACUUGUAGGGAAGCGAGAGCGAGCGACGCGUUCGGCAGGAGCACGCAAAAAUUAAUGAAAAGGUUGCUGACAAGUACAAUA